AGCCCCUGGUAGCUGUGUUUUUGUUUGUGUCGUGUUUUUUGUUAUUGAAAAAUAAAAAUUGCAAUUAAAAGUGUAUGCAGCACGUGAAAUGGAACUACCGAAUGAGCUUUCCAUUGCGGAGAUACGCAACUACAUGCUGGUGAACGAUUGCAAGGUGACAAACCACGCGUUGGUGAAGCAUUUCAAGAAGUUUCUCACGCAUCCACAAACCCAAAACGAGGCGCGCAAUCGAUUCAAGACAUAUGUGACGCUGCUGUCGACCAUCAAGAACGAAAACAACCAAAAGUUUCUAAUUCUGCGCAAGAAGUACCGUAAUGAGUGCCCCACCGAUGAGGUGGUGGAGCGUGCCGUGGCCGCCGCCAACAACGGCCCGGAACCCUCCAAUCCCGGCGGUGGCUCCAUCACCUUCGAGGGUGGCAGCCUCGCCUCCCCGAUGCGGCAGCCACCGCCGUACAAGCCACCGCCCAUGGUAACGUCGCCUUCUGCUGGCGUCGCCGUGCACAAGGUUCAGCAGGACAACUAUCGGGAGUGCGUGGACGAGUUCACAGCGGCCAUACAACAUAUUGAUCCAGCCCGUCUGGAGCGGCAGCCUGCCACCAAAACAGAGAAAGAUGCUGCCACCAGCCAGGAGCAGCCCCCAUCCGUCAGUGGAUCCGUGUGGCGAUCCUAUUCCGUGUAUGAGACCGGCAACAAGGAGAACAUACCCAGAUUCUCAUUCUCUUCGGGCGCCUCCACAGACAGCUCGGCCGCUGAGAAAGUCUCCAGCAAUGAGGCGGACACCGCAGAGAAUCCCAUGAGCGUGAAGGAGGCUACGCGCAAGUUCAACCGGAUGGCAUCCGAGGAAGAGGCCAAGAUCAUUUCGCCGCCAGCCAAGAAAAAGCCAGAGAAGCAAUUAAUUGAGGAGAAGGAUUCGCCCGAAGUCACAAUGGCGCAUCCCAAGGCAAAGGAGUGGAUUGUCUCGAUGGCGAAGGCUAAUUACCAAGAGCUGGCCAAGCUGGCCAGCGAGUACCCCGAGCUGGUGAAGCUGCAGGAUCCAGCAACGGUAAGUUUGGGAUCUUAUUGAUCUGAUUAUGAUUAUUUAUCUACAAGUAAUAGCUUUCUUUCCGAAGAAAAAGCUCUCGUUGAAAUUAGUAGGGUUCCUCUCUGAAAUGGAGCACCUAAACAUUGGAACACAUCCAUAUAAAGAGAUCCCAACAUACAAUCCCAAAUCACACAAAACUCUUUCCGAGUGCUUUCGAGAGGCUCGCUUCCCCAAGUAAUUGGCUCUGAAUAGAAAUGAUCGUAAUGAUUCCGGGUAUCAAUCAGUAAAACAAUAAUAAUGACGACACUCUUGGUGAUCGUUAAAAACUUGUUCGCUUUUUGGCAGGGAGGAACCAGUUUUCAGGCUUGCUUUUUGUCCGCCUUAAGAGGUACCCUUUCAGGCAGUUUUAGGCUUAGGUUCCUUCAGGGUUAAAAGAGUCGAUCUAACCGCACUCCAAUAACCUCAAUAGAUUUGCCAAAAGUACGGAAAGAUAUAUCGAUGGAUCGUAUUCCCCCCUCCGUCCGGUUCGGGAUGUGGGAUUUUUAGAUAAAUCCAAUUAUGUUUUUAUAUGCAUGCCCCAGGGGCAUAUGUACCUACAUAUAUGGUUAAUAAAGGACUCGUGUCGGAUCAUAUACAUAAAUGCACGAGCUGUUAAAUGUCGCCAAUGGCUUUAAAUGCAGAAUGCAAACAGAGAGGAGGGAAUAAAAUAAAUACAUAAAAAACAAGGAAAACCAAUAAUUUAGCUUAACAACUUAAUAACCAAAAAGAGAAGCAGACUACUGCUGCCUACUGCCACUACUGCCGAUCACCUGUUAGCGGGGCUCUACCUCCAGGAGGAGAGCUGCCUCUGAGCGAUGGGGACUCAUUGUUAAGUCAGGGACAGGAAAGGAACGGAACGGAACGGAACCCUCAUCGGUUGGCUCUGUCGACUACUGUAAAUGUAUCUGUAUCUGUAGCUGUGUCUGUGUCUCCGCGUAUCUGUAUCUGUGUGAUGCACAAACCAACACUAAACCCUGUCGCGGUUAUGAGUUUCCACCUGUUUUGCGAAUUUAUUGAUUGCCACAUUGACAAAUGAGCCACCCUGCUGUUAUAAAACCGAUUAAAGAAAGGGAGGGUCCCUGUUUUCUCUGUUCUGCCGUGCUCUGGUGAGAAUUAAUUGGACAGCCAACAGCCAACUCGGCUACUCGGACACUCCCGCGAGUGUGUGAUAUAUAAAUCAUGGCAGGCAGGCUAUCUCCAUUAUAA